GUUCUAUUAUAUGACAGUUAAAUUUGAUCACUCUGGGGCGCAGAGUUCUAAAAUAGGACGGCUUGCCUCAACGAGAGAGAAUCAUCUCGGUAUACUGAUGCGUUGAUUAUUGUUGUACAUAUCUAUUGAAAUGGAUGGUGCGACCUUGGCGUCUACCGUCACCGGGGCGCUUAGUUUGGCAAUUCAAUUAGUUCAUCUUACGCAAAGGCACACCUCGAGGAUGACUAAUCUGCCGCGUAGUGUCGCCUCCUACCUCGUCGACUUAACGGUUCUAAAGCAGCUCCUUUCGGACAUCCAAAAUAGCUUGGCGUUACCACCCACAACAUCAGGGAUGGGGACAACCACGUGCUUGGAAUUGAUGAAUGAGCUCAGAAUUAUUGAAGGAGACUUAGGAAACCUUCGAGACAAGCUUCAAAAUGCCCAAAGUCAUCAGACCCUCUUUGUGGCCAGGAACGUUCUCUGGCCAUUCCCGGAAGAUGAGACAGCAAGAUGGGCUAGCAAUCUUCGUGUGUGUAGAGACCGUCUUGAAUCGAAAAUUACGAUCAGUAGCCUAAAAGCCCAGCUCCAAGCUCUAGCAGGAAUCGAGGAGCUUAGGAAUAAGACUGAGACUACCGAACAACGUAAGACGCCUCCUAAAAUUGAGUUUAAGGGGGAGGAUUUCCUGACGAUCGUAUAGGACGAGAGAAGUGCUUGAUUUUAGACUGGAUAUGCGAUGAAUCCUGGAAGCGGAAGCAUGCCGAGCUCAUCUCCUCGCAUCAUCCGAACACAGGCCAGUGGAUAUUUGUGACCCAUGAAUUCCAAGGUUG